CCCGCCCCUGAUCUCGCGCAUUGAAAUAUACACAACUUUGCGAAGCAGACGCCUGUAUAUAUUCAUACGUAUAGGACAAUUUCUUAAUAUAUAUAUAUAUAUAUAUAUAUAAUAUACAUACACACACACAAGCACAUGUAGAGGUAGCUUUACACUGCGGGUUGAUUGCCAACAUUGUUUUUCUAUGUAUAUAAUCAACAGUUGUGAUCUAGUUUAUCUCAAUCAUGUUUACUCUGUCAUACAAACAACUUCAGGAACAAUUUGUCAGCAAUCAAAAUGGCACCAGUAUCUCGGAGAUUUCUUUUGCUGUAACCGUCUUACCAACGUUAAUUAUUUUUAGGGAUUGCUUGUUAUUAUUGACUUCUUUAUCUUCGUCAUGGUUCAAACCAAUUUUUGAAUUUAUCAUUUUGAUUGUUCUUACGGAGCUCACCUUUACAGUAUUCAGUGACCACAUCUUAUUAGUGUUACUGCUGCUAUUCUUUGCUGUUAUUCUUCAACUAUCAACAUUUACAUCACAAACUCAGGAACUGUGGACUAAUUUAUCCAACCCAAGAAAACUACAAAGACCUAUUUUAACAUACAUCAAUGGCAGACAACUCAAGUUUGUUACAUAUUUUCGUGCCAUUAUCAACAUUGUCACAGGUAUCUGCAUCCUUGCAGUUGACUUUCCAAUAUUCCCCAGACGUUUUGCCAAAACUGAGACCUAUGGAACCAGUGUUAUGGACACAGGUGUUGGAUUUUACAUAGUUGCAAAUGCAUUGAUCUCACCUGAAGCCAGACAGACAACUCAGCGCUGCAAAUCAUUCUUAGACUGGUUGUCUGUGUUGUUUCUCUCAAUGAAGGCUUGUGUUCCACUACUGACCCUUGGCCUCAGUCGAAUGAUCGUUGUGAAAGGGACAGACUACCAAGAACAUUAUUCUGAGUAUGGUGUCCAUUGGAACUUUUUCUUCACUCUAGCAGUUGUAAAGGUUCUCUCAACCCUUUUUUGCUGCAUUUUUUCUGGAAGAUGUAAGAGCUGGAUCCUCAGUCUCAUUAUAUGUGCUGGUUACCAGUGGUGCUUGUAUUCUGGUCUCGAGAAAUACAUUAUCAAUGGCUGGGAUGGACAAGGAACAAGAAAAGGUCUGUUCGAUGCUAAUCGUGAAGGCAUCUUCUCAUCAUUUGGUUACAUGGCCCUCUACUUUGCCGGUGUACAACUGGGACAGUUUCUCUUUGGAACAAGGAAUACACUGUUUGAUUGGCUAAAAUGCCUGCAAGGACUGACCGGAUUCUGUAUAGGCUGUUGGCUUCUCCUUCGAGUAUGUCGACAUGUUAUUGGACCAAUAUCCAGACGUUUGGUCAAUUUACCAUAUAUUAUUUGGAUAGUGGCCCUCACUACUCAAGAAUUAGCUAUUUUACUUGCUGCUGAGUUAAUUAUUUCACUGUUGGCUUCCUCUCAAAAACAGUCUAAAACGAAAAGUAGUCAAAAGAAAAGUAACUCUCCUAAUACGAACCCUGAUUUUACAGUCUCCAAACUUUGUAUCCUCGAUGCUAUCAACUACAAUGGUUUACUAUUUUUCCUCAUCUGUAACCUCUUAACUGGAGCUGUCAAUUAUGCAGUCAAAACUCUCUAUACCCAAACUAUGCAAGCAAUAAUGAUCCUUGUUGUAUAUAUGUUUCUUUCCUGUACACCAAUAGUCAUAUUGCGGUACUUUAAUAUAGCACUGAAAUUUUGGUAAUAAAUUUCUCAAUCUUGA